GCUCCACAGUACGCGAUAGCUUCUUGGGUUUGACAUGUUUCUAGCGUUCACAUUCCAACGUGAGCCGCCGACAGCAUCGAGAUGUGAGGCGGCCGCGCGGAGGACUUUCUGCCUUCCUCAAACUGUCUUUUGACUGAUUUUAAAGGACUGUAAACCAUAAACACCGAAAUGGAGGCGACCGCUAGCCCGGACGGCUACAGGUCUCUCAACACCGGUGAGCUGAGGGAGCUUUUACAAAGCGACGACAAAAUGGAGCAAAUCAUUCGACUCAAUGAGAAGUUCCAGGAGCUCCAAGUAGACAGAGAGAUGAUGCUGGUGUCCAAUCGCAGCCUGGCCGACACCAGCCUUGCUCGGCAGCCCCGCCUUAAUAAUGGCCGAAUCCAGUUGGCGGAAAAAUACCGGGAGCUGUCCAACCUGGCAAAUGUUUGCUGGGAAAAACAGAGUCAACUUGGAACUAGAGCCCAGAAGCACAGCUUGCAAAGUGCCCAGAACCUUCUGCAGGAAGAGGUGGCACGCGCCGAGGAGAACUCAGAGGAGUUUCUGGACAAGUUUAUGGAGGGGAACAUGAGCCUGGAGGAUUUCUUAGACUCCUUCCAGAGCUCCAGGAGGACUUACCACAUCCGACGAGCGCAGGCCGAGAAGAUGCAGGACUUGGCCAAGAAGCACACUGGCAAAGUGGGUGGUGAUGACGCAGCAGGCAAAGUCCAAGAAGAGGUAAAAGCGGAUUCCGAACGUCACCCGGAAACCCCGCGACCCAACGGCUACUUGGCUCAGGGCCCUCUUAGAGUCUUCCAGGUACGCUACGGCCUGACGCCGGCCAUCCUUUUGCCGCAUUACCCCGUUUCCCCCGCGGCGGCCUCGGGGCCCGCCCACCAGGCCAGGACUCCUCCGCCCGAAGCCCUCCCGCAGGGACACGUCCUGGGCCAAGGAGCGCCCCUCCACCCGGUGGGGCUUCGGGUCAUCGGACAGCUGCCUGGGGGCUGGCCGGCCAACGGGCGGCCGGUGCGCUUGCAGCAGCUGUAUAGGCCCAACCCCCAGCAGCCUCAACCACCCUUCCGAUAGCUUGGGACGGCGGCGAAAAGCUUCCCGCGAUCCGACAAAAGACAACGCAUCAUCGAUCCGAGAUGGCAACAUCUUUUACCAGGGUGGAAUACUUGACUGAACGUUAAGGUGACCCUGUGGUUUACACAUCAGCCUCGCAGCCACAAGAUCCGGAUUUGAAUCUCCGUUUUCCUCCCUGAUUACAUAAACUUGCAUGUUGGAAAACUUUUAAAUCGUCCAUAGUUUCUUUGUCCUCUGAUUGACUGGCGAGCAAUCAAGGAUGUGCCUACAGAAAAUGGAUGGAAAACUACCAAGUGGAUUUUAUCGAAAUUGUUUUAUUUCAUAUUUAUUCUUGGGAAUCCUAUUUUGGUAAUAUUUCUCCUCUGAUGGGAUUUAAGCGCGGCACCGUACCCGCUUUUCGAGGUUUAUCAUAAUUCUCUCUUAAUUAUUCGGCUUCUCGACCAGCAUGUUUACGCCGGUUUGACAAACUACUACUUGAAAAAGCGCCUUAGGGCGACCGGUCUCAUCCGUCAACUCUCUAAUUGCAAGCGAAUCAUCUUCUAAUGAGAAGAACGAACGCUGCUGCUGAAGAUUACCACAUUGUUAUUUUAAACCUGCUUGAAAAUGCCCUCAAAAAUUAAUAAUGCACAAAAAUCCGACCUAGAUACUUGAGCAGCAGAUUCUAGCUGCGCUUAAUAAAGACAAUAUUGUUUCAUAUUGUGGAGAAGAUGCUCAAAUCUGACGGAGAUUAAAGGCUCCAGAACUAUAAAGCCCGUCCAAGUUACUUUAACUCAUUGACUGCCAAAUUAUUUGAACUGGCUGCCAGUGAAUGAUCAUGUUUCAGCGAUGGUGAUAGCUCUCACAGUUGAAAUGAAUUUAACAUCUAUUGCCGUCAAUAGCUGCCAAUGAGUUAAGUCGUUUUUAAUGUGCAGUCACAAUGCUAAUAUAGAAAAAUAAAAAAUUGUAAAUCCCAACUGAUUUGGAUGAUAAAAAAUGAAUAAAUAAAUAAACCUUUGCUGAUUCUGAUAUUUCAUGGAAGUAUUGCCAAUUAAAAGAGUAGAAAAUAAUUUAAAUAACUUUCUUUAAUGUUUACAACAAUAUAUAUAUUUGAAAAUGCGAUACUUUGCCAUUAAGCCGAAGUACUAGCGCCAAGUAAAGGGGAAAAAGGACUACGGGUUUAAGGGGAAGUUCAAAAUUUUUGACAUCAGGCUUAAUCUUCGACUUAGCGAAAGUUUAAUUAGUCGGUGGAGAAGAUUUCAACAAAUUCUGUGUAGUUUGUUUGUUAUUUGUUAGUUUCAGGGCUCCGGAGUGGCUAAGCUAGUGUGAGUCAAUUGGGCCGACUUAGCUUAGCAAUUAAAAAACGUAUGCACAAAUUAAAAUCAUCAACGACCCAUGCAAUCAAUAGUGGUGGCUGUGUUUUCAGGAUAAAAUUAUUAAAACCUACCAUUGCAUGUCAAUAAUUGCAGUAUGAACUAGGACUGCAGCUAUCGAUUAUUUUAGUAGUCGAUUAAUCGAUGAAGCAUUAGUUCGAAUAAUCGAGUAAUCGGAUAAAGAACAUGAAAAAUUAAAUUACCUAAGCUCAAACGUUUUUAAAAAAAUUAAUAAAUGAGGAUCUGUGUACAACAAAAGAAUAAUUGGCUAACUUAUAUAGCAAAAGGCCGCUAGUUUAAAUGGUAUAAAAUGCUAUCUUUUUAACAAUGCUCUUAACAAAUGGUUGAGAAACGUAUUCCCACAAAAAUUGGCUAAAUAUAGCUGUAAACUAAAUUGCGAAUGCAUUAAAAAAAUUAAAAAAAACAUUAGCUCAAACAAAAACUUAGUUUAUGUUGAUCUUACUGGGAACACCUGGAUUCAGCUAUGUGAAAUGAGGCAGACUAGAAGGCAGUGUAUCCACCCAAAUCAAUAAAACUAAAUGCAAACAAUUUCAAAAUAAACCAUUACAACGGCACUUUAAUUAAACGAAUACUCGAAGCAGCAAAAUUUAAUUCGAAUCUUUUUUUCUAAUUGAAUACUCGAGUUAAUCGAUUAAUCGUUGCAGCACUAGUAUGAACAGAGUGAUAUCACAGUUUUUUUUUCACCGCUGAUUUUUUAAAUGUCGUAGCCAGCAGCAAGUAACCAGUUUUCCUUGUUCUUCAUAGGGAAGUUGUUGAAACUUUGCCCAUUUCUUCUGUCUGUUUCGACAGCCUCUAAAUUCACAUUUCCAUGUUGCCGGCUGUCAGUUAACUCAGCAGACUGAUGCUGCAUUUGUGCAAGAGUUUCCAACCUCCAAGCUGGAAAAAUAUCAUUGGAACGCCUCCAUUAUUUGAUCGCUUACGAGAAGGCAGGUUUGCUGCAGGUCAAAAUGUCAUUUGAUGGCCAAAAUAUAAAACAACUUGUCGCGAUCAGCCAUAUUUGCUGUUUACAUUCGCUUGGAAUGCUUUGAGGUCGCAACUUGUACCCUCCGAGAGGGAUACGUCUGACUUCCUCGAAUGAAGCGUGAGCACAAGUGGCCGAAGCACUCCUCUCUAAUGUGGUCGUAUUACGCAUCUAAAAACAUAGUCCUGCAGAAUUAAAUGAAUUACGGCAGUUUUUUUUAACGUUGUUUUGGCCACAUGGGUGUUUUGGAACAAUGAUCUGCAUUUUGAAUGUAUUUGACUAUGUUGGAUCUGUUUGUAGAUUUGUAUCGUUUUUUUAUUGGCAUGCUAAGCAGGCAGCAUUGACUCGCGCUGACUUAACCACUCCGGGACCUUGAAACUAACAAUAAACUUACAAACUGCAUGAAAUUUGUUGAAAUCAACUCCACCAACUAAUUAAACCCCCGCUAACUCAGAAGAUUAAGCCUAAUGUCAAAAAUUCUGAACUUCCGCUUUAAAGUCGUAAUGUUACUACAAGAAUAAAAGUCGUAUUAUUAUGUAGGGGUAAUGUAGCUGAAUAAGCCACUAUGCACUUUACGUACAGUGGGGCAAAUAAGUAUUUAGUCAACCACUAUUUGUGCAAGCU